UGUCACGGCACUCUCGAACACCACCAUUCAGGACCAAACAUCAUGUUCUUGAAUCUGACAAGGCUAUCCAAAGACAUUUUGUAAGCAAUUCAGACCAACUGUGGCCAAUCCUACUAGCCACACCAGGGAAGCACACGUGUAGAAUGCUCAUCUCCAGUUAUCAUGCACGCAGCACGCCAACUCAACCGAAGCCCAUUAUGGCCCGUCCAUAUUUGAACCUCAAGCGAAAGUCUUCCAAACAUCCUCUGGAUCACGUAUCAGCGUUCCCCGCCCGUCCUCCUCGGCUACGGUUCGAGUGAUUGUGCACCCCUCUCUUGAACACCUGGUUUGGUCAAUCGGUGCAGACAACGUGUAGCCUCGAUGCCCAAGAUGAAAAGAAAAUCACCGAACAACGCCUUCGAGGAAUUAAAGGCGUGCAUCCCACACCGUCCAUCCACCCGCUUGCAAAAAAAAUAGCUUCGCCUUUGGAAGAUUCUUUUUGAGCGGCUCGGUGCUAGAAUACGCAAUCACCUUUUCCAGGCGCGAAGUUUGAGGCCUAGAGAGAGGGAGAGAGAGAGAGAGAGACAGAGAGAGUGUGUGCGUAAAGAGAGGACGACGUUUGCACCGACCGGGAGCCAGAUUUCACCUAUCCUUUUGCAAGUGCCAAGAAAGUACGUGGAAGAAGCGAAGGAGGAAAGGAAGCAGAAACAGAAAGAUCCGGACGGGAAAGGAAAGGAAAGGAAAGCAAAGCAAGGACCCGAGCAUCUACCGCCAUGAAGCUGAUCUAUCAUCCCUUCUCGCCCUUCUCCCGGAAGGUGUACAUGCUCGCCCUGGAGCUGAACCUCGCCUCGUCGAUCACGCUGCAGAAGGUCGUCGUGGCGCCCGUCUUCUACCCAGGCUGGUCGGACAACAACCUGGACGUGUCGGCGGCGGGCAACCCGCUGGGCAAGAUCCCCGUGCUGGUGGUGGACGACUUCGCCGAUGACGACGGCGACGGCGACGGCAACGAAGGCGACGAGGGCAAGAAACCGGUCGGCAUCUUCGACUCCAAGUUCAUAUGCGAGUACUUGCUGUCGCGGGCCGGGCGGGACGACGGGCAGGGCAAGUCGGCGCGGACGCGGUGGCUGGAGAAGAGCGUGCACGGCGCGUGCGACGGCAUGGCCGACGCCGAGAUCCUCGUCGCGUACGAGCAGCGCCUGCGCGCCGACAAGGGCCUGCUGUACCAGGCCUGGGUCGACGGCCAGCGCGAGAAGGUCACGCGCGGCUUCCGCUUCCUCGACGCCGUCGCCGCCGCCGCCACCGCCACCGCCAGCGGCCUCCUGCGCCCCGCCCGCCCGGACCGCCCCGCCAGCGUUGCGGAGAUCGCCGCCGCGACCACCUGUGCCUUCUUCGACCUGCGCGACUUCCCAUGGAGACCCCUCGCGCCCAGCCUCGAGGCCUGGUUCGAGCAGUGGAAGUCCCGGCCCAGCUUCGAGCUCACCCCGCCCACCGCGCAGCAUUGGUUUCCGCCACCGGCCGCCGAGCGCCUGUAGUCGCUGCUCCGCCCUCUCUCUCCGUUCUUCCAUCUCGACAGCUGCGCCAGGGACGAACUUCUUUCUCUCCUCUUAAUUCCUGAUCGGUGAUCCCUGUGCAGUGGAAGCUUCUGCUCAUCGCAUAUUCUCAUACCAACUGUUUUUCCCCAAGCUCUUCAGCUCGUCCGUUCAUCUGACCUAAUUGUCAUCUUUUGACAUCCUCACCCCAAGGUACUCUUCACUUCGCAGCCACCCCCAAAAGAAGAAAGGAAGAAAAAAAAAAGGAAAAGGAAAAGGAGAAAGCAAUAUCCUCCACGGACGCAAAGAAGAGAGGACAAAGGGCGUGGUAUCCACAAGGUACUGUUAUUACGUCUGGGCAAUGGUAUCGUAAGCUAUCUACAAAUAAAGGCUAGAAGAGUAGUGGAUUGUGGCUUGGUGUGUUAAGAGUAUGCGGUGUUAAAACCUAGAAGUGCCGCUUCGCGCGCUCCCGUCUCUCACUGUUUCUCUCUCUCGCUCUCCCAGCUCCCCCUUGCUACGUUCUUUCCCGCUCACUUUCUCUCCAUUCAUACUCUCCUCAAAUGGCAGUUGUUAAAUGUACUCCGUUU